AUUAAAAACAAGUUGGAGGUAUAUCGGAGAAAAUGUCAUGUUAUUUUCUUAAAAGGUGAUCGAAUCCCGAUCACGCUUAAAAUUCUAAUCCCCGCACUCGCGACCGAUCGAGAUGCCCAAGAAAUUUGUUGGCGAAAACAGCAAAGCUGUCGCUGCCAGGGCGAGAAAAGCAGCAGCGAAGGAAGCGGAAAGUACAAGAAAAGCUUUGGAAGCUGAGGAAAAGGCCUGGCAAGAUGACGAUAAACAAGUGCUGAAGAAAAAGCAAAAACAGGAGGAACUGGAGAAGAAACGACAACAACAACUAGAAAAGAAAGCAGAAGUAAAAGCUAUGCUGGAGAAGGAAAUGGCGACUAUAAAAGUGGGUGGCAAGCAGCCUGCGUCGAAACUUACAAGAGCAGAGAUUGUGGUUGCAACGGAGAAGCGAAACCUGGUUGCACUGAAUAAGAAAGACGAAGAGAAACCGUUGGAAGAGAAUUUGAACAGACUAACGAUUGAGGGGGAAACUGCACACGGUAUAGACGAAGCUCUAUCUGUUUUAAGUACGAAGGAUCCUGAAAUGGAUCGUCACCCAGAGAAGCGUGUGAAAGCAGCGUAUGCCAGUUUCGAGGAGAGGAUGAUGCCUAUCAUUAAGGAACAGAAUCCGACGCUAAGGUUAAGUCAAUUAAAACAAAUAUUGAAAAAGGAAUGGAUGAAAUCUACGGAGAACCCACUCAAUCAAAAGUUACUAUUGAACCGUUGAUAUUAAAAACUGGACGGAAACGCAAACUCAUUGAACGACAGGAGUGAAACGAGACUUAUAAAUCUAAUCAUGGAGAAUCAUCUGUACACAGUUUUUAUUGUAAACGAAUAAGUUAUACUCUACUAAAAUACAUAAAAUAACAUUGUAUAAAUCAUCUUUGGUAUAACUUAUACGCUACUACAUAGCCUCAACGUAUCUUACAACAUGAUUCGCAAACAAACAAGUUUGCGUAAACUCAAACAUCUCCAACGAUCGUGUACAUGUUUUGGCACAGUUAUCAUGCAGACUUAUACGAUUUCUUAACAAAUACAAACGUCCGUUCUAGUUUCUCGCUACACAGCACUAAAAAGUUGGU